GUGCACCACGUGAGCCACAGCAGCAUGUCGAUCUCGACGAGCAGCCACAUCAGCUUUCACUUCACCACGUCCUUCGGCGCGCCCUCGCCCCUGCUGCGCGCCAUCGACCAGCCCCCGGCGCUGCCGCCGCCCCCGGCUCUGCCGCCCCCCGCGCUGCCGCCCCCAGAGCAGGCCCCCGUCCACACGCCCACUCGCGUGCCCCGCUUGCAGUCCGCGGGCAGCAUCGCCAUCUUUAGGGACACGCGACCCUCACCGUCCGCGGCCGGCAACCGGGGGCGGGGGGCCGCCCCCAACGCCACCGGCCCCGGCAAGGGCCGCACCAGGGGCGAGAGCGACAGGCAGACCCUCGCCGCUGCCCCUGCCGCCCCCGCCGCCCCCGCCGCCCCCGCUCCGUCCCCGUGCCCGCCAGGAGAUCAACAACGGACGGAUGGACAGCCGUCUGCUGAGGCGGCGGACGCGGCUGAGACGAGGAUCCAGAGUGGAAGGACAUCCAAACUUGCCGCUUCCAAUCCCGGGUCACCGCGGCUGGCGCGGACGCCGCGGCCCUCGCGGUCGAGCCGCGCCGCCGAGGUGAAGAAGCCGUCCCCGCGGCCACACGCCCAGCAGCCGCAGCGGCAGCCACCCUCCUCGACGCCCAGCUCGGCGCCGUCGGCCCAGCUGGACGGCCGCACGAGCGCCGCGGGCCUGGCGGGGCCGCCGUCGACGUCCGGGAGCUCAGCAGACGCUCAGCUCGCCGCCGACGCCGGCGAGCACGAGGCGGACAAGGCCAGCGGGCCGAGGGCGUGCAGAAGGGUGACGCCCGCGGAGGGAUGCGUGGAGAAGAGGACGGCGAAGAGGGCGCCGGGGAGGAGCGUGCAGCAGCCGCGAGAGGGCGUGACGGAACCCGGCGCUGCCGUCGACAAGGAUCAGGAACGGGCGGGGGCAGUUCCGGGUCGCACUGAGCCCCUCCCGGACCUGGUGCAGGCCUCGAGGCAGGACGCGGGCGGUCCCCUCCCGGACGCGGAGUCCCCCGUCCCGGGCAGGCACGCGGCGCGGGCCGGGGCGCGCUGCUCGCAGAGCGCACCCAACUCGCCCGCGCCGCCCCGGAAGAUGUCCGUGGCCCGGAGCAAGUCGCCCGGGCCGUCCUCGGCGUGGCGCGGCGGCCCGCUGGCCGGCCUCAAGCUCAGCAUCCCCGCUGCCCCGACGACGCCGAGGUCGUCCUCGGGCACCCCGCUUGGCUGCAGUUCGCCGGGCUGCCGACGGGACUCCAGCGUACGCGGCUUCUCCUUCUCGACGCCCAGGGCGGUCCCGGCCGCCCCGGUGGACAACACCCCGGCGUCAGGCCCGUCCAGCCUGGGCUCCUCCGUGUCCUCGGACAGCUUCGCCGUCCCCCGGGAGCAGCCGGCGCAGCCACCGCAGCCGCCGCCGUCCAGGACGUCGGCGACCACGCCGACUGGGACACCGAGGGGGACGCCGACGUCAGUCCGCCGACGUCCAGCCGGCGCCACCGCCGACACCCCCGCCGCCAAAACGUGAGUCACCGAGACUUAUCUACUUUACCGUUUAGGGGGAGCGGUUGUCAUUAGCUUGUCACAGCCUUGUCGACGGCUUUAUCGUCCGGACGGAAUUCGCACAUCGGGAAGCUAAGCCAGAGCCUCCGCCGCCGGGCAGACAGAUAAACGGGCAGCGGUCGGGCGGGCGGCCGCCUGUGGAAGCG